CGAUUAUACCGCCACCUGGAUUCUACCUGGAUUGCUGCUCUCCACCCGAGUCUGCUACCAUUUUAUCACUCCUAUAGGCAAAAUGCUUUUCGUUUAUUGAAUUUGGAUUGCUGAAUUCUUGCUCAGGAAACCGUUGAUCGUAGUGGGAAAAUUGCCUGUGGCAAAAGAUACAGAGCCUGGUCAGCUGGGCCGGGCGAGGUCACUUGCCUCGUCUCCUCACAUACAUUGCUCAAUCACCCCCAUCUAUUUUCCCAUCGCCAACCGAGCUCGCUCUUCCUCUUUAUCUCGAACCUUUUCCUGCUGAGAGUGCCAGGUCGAAGGAUCAUUCUCUCCGACGAUCAUGACGACCCGACACUCGCGCUCAGCGAGCAUCCCUAUCCCCCCGUCGAGUUCGGCAGCACGCAGCCUGGAGGAUGUGUUUUCGAUGCCAUUCGCCCGUCAAGCUAGUCAAGGCUCAGCUCUCGUCCCCUCCGUUCGCCCGCGGCGCACGAGCAGCGGCGUCUCACGCAGCCCUGACGAGCGCAGGCUGCGGGGCCCAAGCACGAGCCCGGUUCGCAGCACUUUAAGCACCUCUUCAUCAAGCACACGACCCGUAAUGGGCAGUUAUUCAUCAGCCACGUUGCUAACGGUGCGCACACAGCGCCCGGGGGCUCCCCCCAGCUCCCUUGCAAACGCCUCCUCGGAUGUCCCCACCUUCCAGCCGCGCAUCAUCCGUGCAAGCAGCACCUCUAACCCCGCCCGCGAUGCAGUCUGUGUACCAACCGCAGCCGCAACGAUUGUCCCGCCGUUUCCCCGCCCGCGUCGCACGGCCGAGAGCAUGCGCUCGCCAACGGUGCCCACAGCGCCACGCAUCUCUGCCUCGCUCCCGGCAGGCUCCCUCCUCCCCUCGCCGUUUCCGCGCUCCUUCCCCGCGCCGCAUACCGAGACGAGCGGGAACGCGCAGUCGUUCGCACGCCCUGCAUACCUCGAAUAUUCUGCCCUGCGUGACUUCAUCCAGACCGAUGCUCCGGCGACCGCGCCGCCCGCAAGAGGCCCCAUAGCGGCAGUUCACCCGCACGCGCCACUCCCCAUCCACACCCAGCGUGCAUAUCUCAGCCAUUCGACGACACCUGUGGUCGACAGCGAGUCCGACGGGACAGCAAGUCCAAGCCCGCCUCCUCAGCUCCCCCAGCCUGCGCCGGAAAGCGUAGUGAGCGUUCUCCCAUCACAUCCGGUGCUGCGGCUGCCCACGCGAUGGAGCGAACAGGAUCGACACACCUCGCUCACGAUCUCCUCGGACGGACGCGAGGUGACUUUCUGUGGUCCGUCGCUCACGAUAGAUCGCGAUGGCGCUGCAGUGCGCGCCAAUUUUCCCAUUCCGCCAGCGUGCGGCAUCUACUACUAUGAGGUGGAGAUCCUGCAACGCGGUCCAAAAGGUCACAUCAGCGUAGGCUUCUCAAGCCCGGCCGUGCGCUUGAGCCGACUCCCAGGAUGGGAGCCGAAUUCAUGGGGAUACCACGCGGAUGAUGGCUACAGCUUCUCCGGUUCGAGAGAUGGGUCAGCGUAUGGACCCACCUUUGACUCCGGAGAUGUGAUCGGCUGCGGUAUCGACUUUGGUCAAAAUCGUGCAUUCUACACCAAGAACGGAGCAUUCAUUAGCAUGGUGUUCAACGACGUACCGACGGAGACGCUGGAGUUGUUUCCCUCCGUUGGUAUGCGUCACUUGCCCGAAUCGAUCCGCGUCAACUUUGGCAGCGCGCCGUUCCGCUUCGACAUCUCCAACUACGUUCGCACUCAGCGGGAUGCGAAAUGGGCGGGCAUCAUGCGGGGGGAGAUGCCCGGAGCCAUGGUCAGCACGGGCGCGCAGACGCACGAUGAAGAGAGCGCUGGUGAGAAGCCUGUGUCUGCUGCUCCGACGGCGGAGACAAGCGAGAGCGAGGAAGAGACGAGGGCGAUUUUGAAGAAGCUCGUCAUGGGUUAUCUCGAACAUCAUGGGUAUGCGCGAACGGCGCGUGCGUUCCGGGUGCAGUCUGCAAAGGACAGAGGGCUCGUCGGUCCUUCAGAGAGGAACAGAAUGGAGGAGGCCAUGGACACGGACGACGCACCGCGUGCCAGCUCUUCCACGCUGCAAUACGACGCGCCCCUUUCUUUCAGUGGUCUGAAAGAAAUCGACGACUUCGGCUCCGUCGAUCCUGAAACGGUGGACCUGGAGACGCGUCUGUCCAUCCUCCAAGCAGUCCGCUCUGGUGACGUUGACACGGCGCUGGAUGCCCUGCGUGCACACUAUCAUCACGCACUCAACGCACAAGGCGGUCUGCUGCUCUUCCGCCUGCGCUGCCGCAAGUUCGUUGAGCUCGUGCUCAAGGCGGGCGACGCGCUCCGCAGGGUGAAGGAAGCAGAGAAGGAGAAGCAAGCGAGGCCCGCGGAUAGCGCGAUGCCUAUUGUGGCUGUUGACCCUAUGGAAGACAUGAUGAUGGACGAAGAGACACUCGCGGAUGGAGAGGGCGCGAUGGAAGUGGACGAGCCGUCGCCCGAGGCCCUUUCUUCGUCUGUUCUGAAUGGAUCUUCGACGGCAGUCAUUGGUACAGUCUCCAAGCCUGCUUCAGCCGCUGUACUACCUUUCACGCUCGCAGAGAUCGCAAAAUCUGCGCUGCACACGGCACUUUCAUACGGACAGGCGUUGGAGGCGGACUACAAGACCGACACGCGCCCUGCCGUGCGCACGCAUUUGCGACGCACGUUUGGGCUCGUUGCGUAUGAGGACCCUGAGAGUGUGGGCGGGGAGGUCGGUGCGAUAGCAGGACAGGAAGCGCGGGUUGAGCUGGCCGAGGAAGUGAACAGGGCGAUCCUUGAAUCUCAGGGUCGACCUGUGCAUCCCACUCUAGAGACGCUCUUCUGCCAGGCAGGCGCAUGCGUCGUGCAGCUCGGCCUGCUCGGCUGCGGUGCCGCUGCGUUCGCAGACGUGCGCAGGGAGUUCCUCGAGUCUUAAUCUGGCUGCUUGACUGUGUUACUUACCUGCUUCCACCGACCGCGGUCCUCCCUUGUGCGAUAUGUAUGUGAGCGUUGUCGGAGACGGCAAUAUAUUGCUAGUGUAAAAUUCGCAAGCUAUCAUGUUAUACUAAUCUGUGUCGUUGUAAAGUACAUCUGUCGGAAUGCAAUCUCCCCUCUCCAGCCUCCUUGUGAG